AUGGAAACUAACAAUACCUUUGUUGUGUUGGACAAAGAAGAAGAGCAGCAGGAUGAAGAAGUAGCAACUGAUGAUGUAGUAGAGUUGAAAGUUGCAAAAAAGGAGAAAACACCAGAGAAAACAAAUGGGGAAGGAAAGGAAAGCAAAAUAGGAACACAAAGCAACAGUAAAGCAGACAAAGAGAUUGAAGAGGGGGUAACAAAUUCUAACAGGAAUGAAGAAGUUGAGGAUAUAACAAGUGGUGCAGUUUUUCAGAAGGAAAAAAUACAACAUAAAGGAGAUGAAUGGGAGAAAACUGGGCAAGAAUUAGAAGAAUGGAAUGAAAGCAAAACACCUAGGAGUAAUAGACAAAGUAUUUCAAUACAAGAGGAGGAGAAAGUGCAAAAUAACUGUAGUCCAAGGAGCAUAAAUAAGGGUUAUAGUGGCACAUAUGAGGAGCAGGACCAACCAAAUGCAGAUACAGUCAUUAAAUGA